AUGGAGGCAGGCGGCAGGACUACGUGGACCAAAUUCGGGCCCCUUAUGUCUUUGUUCGUGGUUCUAUUGGCCCUGUGGUUCCGACCGCCUAAUGAUGAAGUGCUGGACGAGCGACUGGACACGGUAUUGUCCUCUCUGCUUCGGGCUGAACGCAAAGUUAUGGUCGACGACGUGGCCAGACCGAGAGUGGCGGUCGGUUUUGGAGGUUGUGUUGAUCUGAUCGUGGAUGCAGUUUCUCUGCUAAAGAAGAUUGGACUUCCUCCUACAGAGCAGCCGCUGCAUCACGACUACAUAGAAAAUGCUGAACAGUUGACCCAGAGCUUUGCCUUCUUCUUUGCACCUGGAGCCGCUGCAGAGCGCUUCAUGUUGAAUGAAACUCUCUUCAGUGAACUAGUGGAGUCAUCACGUGACCUGCCUGGCAACAGAUGGUCAGUAGGGGGUAACGCUCCAGUCAUGGCUGCUCGUAUGGCAGCAGAAGGAUGUGAGGUGUUGUUAGGAGGAAGCUUCAGCCCAGACUUCACUGAUGUUCUGUCCCAGCACAUCACAGUGACUGGUAACACCGUAGAAGAGCCUGACAUUCAUCUGAUCCUAGAAUACCCAUCAGGAGCCAGUUGGGGGCAAUAUACAGCACGACGAGCUAACAGAUACAUUAUUCACAGUGAUGACCACAACCCAUAUCUGGCCUCCAUGGAGGAAUUUGGAAAGAAUCUUGAAGACUUUAAACCAGAUCUGAUGGUGGUGGGGGGGCUUCAGAUGAUGGACAACUUCCCCUUCCAGCCAGGUGAGCGAUCUGCUCUCCUCUCCCGUCUGUCCGACCUUCUUUCCAACUCGUCUCCACAGAUGAGUGUCCAUUUUGAGAUGGCCAGUUUUGUAGAUGAGGGUAUAAUGGAGGACCUGCUGCAUUACAUUAUUCCUCAUGCCCACUCCCUGGGAAUGAACGAACAGGAGUUACCCAACCUGCUGAGUUUGCUGAAAGGUUCUAAUAUCACCGUGCUGUCUGACCCAAACCCCCGUGUGGCCACCGUGUUGGACCAGAUGCGGGAGGUUUAUCGACUCCUCAACCAGCGCAGCAGUGAGAUGCAGAUCGCAGCCGUGGCUCUGACCCGGCUCCACGUUCACACUCUGGCCUUUCAGGCCAUUAUCGUGACUCGCGGCUCCCGGUGGAAGAACACCAUGUCGGCCACGGCCAAGGCCUCACUGACGGCCAACCGCCACGUGUGUGGCUCUGAUGACAUCGACCCCAACAAAGCCCGCCUCAUCAUGGACGACUCCUUCUCCAUCAGCCGAAGGGAAGGCAGCCAGAGGAUCCCUUUGCAGGAGAGCCGACCCGUCAGCUGCUGGGAUGAGGAGGAUUAUGAGAUCUGUGUGGCGCCGGUGCUGGUGUGCACUGAGGUGUAUCAAACUGCAGGUGGGGGAGACAACAUCUCAGCUGCUGGGCUGGUGCUGCAGAUCUAGACCCAAAUGUGCUGUGCAUCCACAUGUAAGAGGUCAUGGGCUACCAUGGUGUGUUUAAGGUUGUGGUUUGUUUGAAUUGGACCAAACAUUUCUCCUCCAUUGUCAUGGUGACACUUCUUUCUUUUCUUGUUUCUUCUGAUUGUACUUAAUCUGUCCAUUUUAUUUUUGUAAACAUUGUCCCAUCAAUACACCAUCUGCCAGUUGUUUGUUUAAGUGGGUCACACUCUUUUACACCACACUAAAAGGUGUUUCACUGUGAACACAAUUUGAAUAUAAACACUCUGGUCACAUGAUCACAUCUGUGAAAUAAAACAGGGCUGUUCCUGGUGUUAGUUCUUUAGAUAAAAGGAAGUUUUUUUUUUUAUUCUGCCAAUGUAAAAAUGACAUUAUAAUUGAUCUUGUAUUACUACUAUGCGGUGAACCUUUAACCUUCUGAUCAGUUUUUUAUGAACCCAGACACUGCUGCUCAUCACAUAUGUUCUUAUAUUCCUCAGAGGACCUGCAGAACUUGAUGUUGUAUUCUCGAGACAAAGAUGUUUGUUUGGCUCACAGCUGGUUUCUGUCCAGAUCUGACCUCUGGUCCUAGACCAGUUCUUCGUCUGUUUAAAUCAGUUUCUGUAGUGGACAAAAAACAUCAGGUUUCAAUGGCUUUUAAAAUUUCAAUCAUUAGUAAGGAAAGUAGUAGAUGUCUUGACAAAGAUUCAAAGGAUCUCUUUAACAGAAACUAGAUUUCACCUCAGGUACUACAUCACAGAACUUGUCAUUGAAUUGACCUUAAUCCACAAACCAGUUCCAGUUGUAUCUGAACUCUGUCAGCCUCAGUGAUGUCACAGCGGCACAGCUAAUCUCGGAAUCCUUUUCUAAUUUUGUUUUGCACAAGUAUGUGAAAAGUCUUAACUGUGAAUUAAAUUUUGGUCACAGGUUCAAUCCCAGGCUCAAACUGCAGCUCUUUCAACUGUUCGGGGUGGAACACUGCCCUCACUUGGACAGGAUGAACAAAGGGAUGACACAUGAGUCUGUUACAGCGUAAUAAUGAUUCAAAGACCACUUUUAUCUGACUGUGAUGAUAAAAGUUCUUCUACCUCUUUUCCAUUUGACCCUCACUGCCUGUUGUAUUCUUUACUGCCACUUCCGGAUUAUUGUCUGCAACAGUUGUUUCGUCUUCUUUAUUUAUGUCUCUUCUAGACCAAAUUACAAAAGUGUAGAGACCAUACAACUAAAUAAAAGUUUCAACACAA